AGGCACUGAAGCUCAUGCGCUACAUCGCUACCUUGCCUAGCCUACCUCAUUCAACACGUCGAUUUAUGAAGUAUGAUAAGCUGGGGAUGGAAGAUGCACCUUUGACAUGGCCUGCACAAACCAAUCAGCUUUCGAGUACAUCUCGAAUGCCAGGCCAUUCCUGGUUGACAACCUCAAAAAUGCUAAACUCAUUGCAGAGAGGCUUCAAGAAAAGGUUAAAGGAAGAGAGUUUGCGGUGUUUAAUUCAUAUGAGGUGAUGGCAGUCACUUCAGAAAAGCAUUCUUUCGAUCAAAACCUAAAACUUUUAGACAUGGUCACCAAAAAGGGGGAAGAUGCCUGCUCUGUAUUCCUCAUGAUUCUGCAUGGUGAAAGAAACAGGACUUUACCAAAGGAGUUCCAUCCCUGGAUCACCUGUUUCGGAGAUGAGCCAGAUAUGGAGCCCACAGGCUCCAAACCUUGUCAACAAUACCAGAGCCAACUGAAAGCAAAAGCCAAGAUUAUACUCAAAACUCACACAAAAGAAAUGAAAUCUCUCUUAGAUGACAAGAAUUUGGAAAAUUCCCUUUAUGCAAAACUUGUGCUGGACAGAGAUGAGCAGAGCUGCCCUAUGUCAACUAAAUUUAAAGUGAAAAGCAAGAAAUACAAGAAAUGCCGGUCUAAAAAGCUGAGUACCUACAUUCCACAGAAAGAACUAAAGUUAUCUCCUGAAGACCUCCUGAGAUGCAAGAAAGAUAUUCUGCUCACUGGAAAACCAGGAAUCGGAAAGACAACAGUUACUCUGGAAAUGAUUAACCUCUGGACAAACAUGGAAAACAGAAAACUGAACUAUCUGUUUUACUUUGAUAUGACACUGCCUGACAUGUCAAAACCAAUAAGUUUGGAAUCUUUGCUGUUUGAUGCAUAUGUUGAACCCCUUUCAAACAGAGAUGAGGUGCUACUGGACAUCAAGGAGAACUCUGAACAUGUUGUCAUAAUAUUUGAUGGCAUCAAAGAUAUACCUUCAAACUCUUUCCUGCACAAGAUAAUGACCAAGGAACUUCUCCCCGAGGCCAAGGUUGUGGUAACUUGCAGGCCAGAAUGUGAAGAGAUCCUUCCAGAGUGGGAACCCUGUCGAGUUAGUGUGCAGGGGUUCAAUGAAGAAUCACUGAAGGCUUAUUUGUCCCACAUACUCAGAGAUAAACCUGAUGCUGUGAAUUUUAUCAUGGGGAAUUUGAGCUGCGUAGCCUCUGCCAUGUCCCUGUUCAUGCACUCAUGGUUGCUGCCUUUAUGCUGUUUCAUAGUGCUGAAGCUCCAAACCUUUUUACAGCAACUGAGAUCUAUCUCAAUAUUUUCCGACAUAUAAUGAAGAAAGGUGAACCAGGCUUAAAGUUGAGGCAACUAGACCACUUCAUCCAGCGCAACAGAGAGAAGAUACUGCAUUUAUGCAAACUUGCUUUUAGUGCAAUUAAAAAGAGGUCCAUCAUUCUACAAGACUGUGAAGAUAAUAACAUUGAGCUAAAAUUUCUGAAUCAGCUCACAUUCAAGGAUGGUCCCACUUUGGCAAAACCAUAUUGUAGUUUUCUCCACAACACAAUGCAGGAGUUUUUUGCUGCUCUAUUGCUGCUUGCUAAUCCAGAAGAUAUAGAUGGAGUUCUUCAGGACUGUAAAAGUGAAGAGGGAAAACACAUGAGGCAUGUGAUUCCUUUCCUGUGUGGUCUACUGUCUGAGAGAAAUGUGUCAUUGGUUAAGUGUCUAUUUUCAGAAGAACACAUUAAGCUAGUAUCAAGUGGAUUCCAUGAGAAACUUUUUAGUGCAUUCCUCACUACCCAGGCAGAUGAAGACGAGGCUAUCCCAGAGGAUUAUGAGGACUUUCUGUUUCUCUGCCAGUGCUUGUUUGAAAUGCAGGCACCAUUGCCAUGUUUUGUGUUCUUCAGCAAAAUUAAAUAUUCUUUUGAAUUGGUGGAUGGGAAUAUUGACCCUUAUCAGUGCUGUGCACUGUCUUAUGUUAUCAAACAGUCCAAUGACCGGAAGAUUGAGUUGGACUUGAACUGUAAUGUUUCUGAACAAGUUCUGAAGCUUGUUGGUGACUGCAGUCAGCACAUCAGAGUUGAUUCUUGCUUGCAAACAAUUUGGACAACUGCAUUAAACUCUCAAAAUCCGAUGCUUUUCACUGGUCUGCUGAAUUUGUUUGGACCAGAGUUUCACCUUCCAGUGUGGGAACCAUUAGUGUUUGAGAAAGCAAGAGAAGUGAUAUGCCAGAGACAAGAGAAGAUAAGCCUCAUCUUGCACUGGGAUCCUGCCAGUCAACAUCUGAGCGAAGCUGUUUACCACCUUGUCCUUAGUGUUCUUCCACAACUCAACUCCAUCAGAUUGACACCACCUCAAUUUGAGAUUAUUUCCUCUGACGAGUGGGGAGUGAGAGAGAGGUCAUUUCAUCUGCAUCUGUGUUUGAUUGCUGCUCUCUGUGAGGAAGAAUCUGAGGGGCAAUCUGUAGGCCAACUCGCUACAGUCAGGAUACUGUUCACACUCUUCAGAGUUACCAAUGAAUCUGAUUUCCUCUUAGAGCUUUACUCUCGUGCAAAAGACUCUCAACAUCCCCUGAGUCUCAUUCAGGCAUUACAGCCAGUUUAUCAGUCAGGUCCUGAGGUCUGGACCAUAGUCCUCUCAGAGGGAAAGGCCUCCCUGUUCCUAGAAGUGUUGAAAUUCCAAACACAGAAGAAACCAGUUGAGCUGAGAGGCUGGUCAAAUGAAGAGGAUGAAUUGAGGGUUUUCCUUUGGUGUCUGCCCUACAUAUCACAGCUCAGAUUCCCUGAACCCCAAGAUGGCAGCAUUUCCUCUGAGGAGUGGAAACAGAGAGUGAAGACAUUCCAUCUGGAUCUGUGUCUGCAAGCAGCUCUCUAUGGCGGGAAAUAUGUACUCACCACUGUCAGGACACUGCUUACACUCUCCAGUGUUUACAAUGAAUCUGAUUUCCUCUUAGAUCUGUACUCACAUGCAAGAGGUUAUGAAUCACAAACAGGCAGGAGUUUCAUUUCAGCGCUACUGUUAGUUUAUCAGUCAGCUCCUGGAUGCUGGUCCAUAGAUCUCUCAGAGAGGAAAGACUCUCUGCUCUUGGAAGUGCUGAAACUCCAAACACAGAAGAAACCAGUUGUGCUGAGAGGCUGGUCAAAGGAAGAAAAUGAAGUGAGGAAUUUCCUUCAGUGUCUUCCCUACAUAUCACAGCUGAGAUUCCCUGAACCUCAAGAUGGCAGCAUUUCCUCUGAGGAGUGGGAGCAGAGAGUGAAGUCAUUCCACCUGAAUCUGUGUCUGCAAGCAGCUCUCUAUGAUUUGUACUCUCAUGCAAGAGGUUAUGAAUCACAAACAGGCAGGAGUUUCAUUUCAGCACUACUGCCAGUUUAUCAGUCAGUUCCAGCACGCUGGUCCAUAGACCUCUUAAAGAGAAAGGCCUCACUCUUCCUAGAAGUGCUCAAACUCCAAACACAGAAGAAACUAGUGGACCUCAUAGGCUGGUCAGAUGAAGAGAGUGAAGUGAGGAGUUUCCUUCAGUGUCUGCCCUACAUAUCACAGCUCAGAUUCAGUGGAUAUUCUUCAGAUUCAAGCAAUGCAGUCAAGUUCCUGGUGAAUCUCGGUGGUGCAGCAGCUGGGUGUGUUUCAGAUACAGGAGAGAGUUUCUCUGAGCUCUUGUCCUCUGUGUGCAGCUACAGCACUUUCCAUUUUGAUUAUAAGGACCGCUCUGACCAGAGUGAUGUGCUGCUAGAACUGUACUCCUGUGUGAAGCUCUAUGAGUCUGAAACUAGCAGGAGGCUCCUUCCAGCAUUUAAGCCGGUUUACCAGUCAGGUCCAGAACUCUGGUCCAUAGACCUCUCAAAGAGAAAGGCCUCACUCUUCCUACAAGUGCUCAAACUCCAAACACAGAAGAAACCAGUAGAGCUGAGAGACUGGUCAGAUGAAGAGAGUGAAGUGAGGAGUUUCCUUCAGUGUCUGCCCUACAUAUCAGAGCUCAGAUUCAGUGAAUAUUCUCCAGAUUCAAGCAGAGCAGUCAAGUUCCUGGUGAAUCUCGGUGGUGCAGCAGCUGGGUGUGUUUCAGAUACAGGAGAGAGUUUCUCUGAGCUCUUGUCCUCUGUGUGCAGCUACAGCACUUUCCCUUUUGAUUAUGAGGACGACUAUGAACAGAGUGAUGUGCUGCUGGAACUGUACUCCUGUGUGAAGCUCUAUGAGUCUGAAACUAGCAGGAGGCUCCUUCCAGUAUUUAAACCAGUUUACCAGUCAGCUCCAGAACUCUGGGUCAUAGACCUCUCAAAGAGAAAGGCCUCACUCUUCCUAGAAGUGCUCAAACUCCAAACGCAGAAGAAAACAGUGCACCUCAUAGACUGGUCAGAUGAAGAGAGUGAAGUGAGGAGUUUCCUUCAGUGUCUGCCCUACAUAUCAGAGCUCAGAUUGCAUAGUGGCUGUGAUGCCCAGUCUCUCCUACUGGAUUGUGCUGAUGUUGGGUCUAGAGAAGAACUGACUCUUCUGGUGAAGUUUCUGGACUUCAAUCUCAAGAUUGGAGGGGACCUAUACAGCUCUGAGUGCAGAUCUUUAGGGCGGGUGCUUAGCUGGGUAGCCUCCAGACUGGACCUCACCCUGACACCUGAGCACAUCUCUCUCAGGGGAGUCAGGCUGCUCAUCAGAGGAGUCAAUCACCAUAAAUUGAGGUUGAAUGGCAAGAUGGUGAUGAGGCUGGUCAGAGCAAUGAGGACUGGGAGAGGUUUGGCUCCAGUUACUGUUGAGGAGCUCAGCCUGGACCUCAACAGUACAGGUGUCUCUCAGAGAGUGCUGUCCAGGGUCCUGAGCGGCCUGGCUCUCCUCCUCAGACUCUGGACUGUCCGGUGUCUGGAUCUGACAUCUUGCAGGGUUGAUGGUCACUUUCUCAUCACCUUUCUCUGUCAUCAGGACCCUCUGAAGCUCAGACUGAAUAAGGAAGAUAUGCAGCAGCUGUUUCUGCUGGUGUCUGAAGUACAGGAAGUGGAACUCACUCAGUCCUUCCUGGAUAAGGUUGGAGGUGACCUGACCAACUGCACUUUGACCCCAGAAGUGCUUCUCUUCAUGCUUCAGCACUACUCUGGACCUGUCACUGUGGACUUCAGGAAGAGCAAGAUCACAGAGAGGAAUACUAGAGAACUCCUGCCCCUGCUGGACAGGAUACGGUUUAAGAGGCUCUCUCCAGGAUUCAUAAUGUCCAUCAUCAGAGAGAUCUACCAGACUCGUUCCCCUCAGUAUGUGAGCAGCCUGCUGAGGUCUACAGAGAACUACAUCAACCUGACCACCAGAGCCCUGGAUGCUGCUGACUGUGCUGCCCUGCGUUUCACCUUACAGCACAGCCAGGGGGUCAGACUCAACCUGAUGUGGACCUUCAUACCAGAGGGGGAGCUGGAGAACUUCCUGCAGUUUUCCAGCAAUGUCUUUCAGCUCAGUGUUGACAGGCAGCUGCUGUUGAGGUUCCUCAACUGCUGUUACUCCUCAGACGUCCAGCAGGGGGCAGCAGCAGCUCUUCUUCAGGCUCUGCAGCACAGACUGGACUUCUCCUGCUCCUCUGCUAUGGACCUGACAGAUGGGACACAGGAACCACCUCUGCACCUGAGACCGCAGGACUGCAGGGUCAUCUCCAUGGUGAUCCAGAUGUUCAACACCAACACUACGCUCACGCUGACGGACUGUGAUGUGGUGGAGGCGGGGCUACAAUACAUUUUCUCUGCUCUAGAAAGACUACGUCUGAGGUGCACUAAGGGCCAGCUGUUGCAGUUCCUGACGCUGGUGCAGGUCGGCUCUGAGAUAGAGUGUGUGAGGAGAGCCGUGUCUCUCUCCCGUGCUGUGGGUGGGGAGUUGGACCUCAGUCACACUGUGCUGGACGAUCGGGCCUGUGGAUCUCUGGCGCUGUUUCUGGAAUAUUCUGAAGGGCUGUCGGAACUGGACCUCAGCCACUGCCAGCUCACAGACCGUUGCCUGGAACCACUGCUCCCUCAUCUGCACAAAAUACAAGUCUUGGACCUCAGUAACAACAGCAUUACUGAUAAAGGGGCUCAGCAGAUCUACAAUACCGUCAAUAAAACAACCUCAAUUCAGACUGUAAGACUCUUCAACAAUGUGAUUAAGAGCAAACAGCUCUACCUUGGAGACAACGCUUUGAGCUGUGGUGAUCAUGGACAGUUUAGUGGUGAUAGAACCACUGGAUCUGAUCUGAUGUGGCUCCUAUUCACCUCCAUACAAUGCGUAGGAAAGGGAACAUCUUUUUACCUCUUCAGAACUUUUUUCAAUGCCAGUGGCUCUCAGGGAAAGAAUUUAUUAUUUCAAUUUAUUUCAAUAAUUGUAUUUUUUCCAUGUACUGUAUUGGGGACUUUGUCCUUAACUUUGUGCCUUACCAUAUAUCUCAUGCUGAAUUGUGGGUGUUCUGUAUUUUAUAUAUGUUUUAUAUUCUAUUCAUGAACAGUUAAAGCAAGCUUGUAAAGUUUUUGACUAGUAUGAAAUACUGUACGAUAGAUGUGAUACAAAAUGUGGUUAGAAUAUCAAAAACAGUUUUUAGGUUUCUCUUAUAAAAUCCAAUUGUUCAGAAAAUAACCUUCUACCUUCUGAAAAGUUGAAAUUUGAAUUGAAGUAGCCGAACACGACUGGCUUCAAUGCUCUUGAUACAAUGUGUGUGAUUUGUAGGAACUGUUCAUGGUUCAGUUCAAACCAUUGUUUACAUUUCUAAGAGCCAGCUACAAUAUUCAGGUACAUUUUUUGCGAGCACACACUGAGCUGACAGGUAGAGAAACAUUAUUUUUUUUAUGUAUUUAGAUGACACCUUUACCUCAGUCGACUUAUUGGACACAAAUUACAGAGACAUCUCCCUUGGAGCACCACAGGGUUAAAGGAGAAAUCCGGCGAGUUUUCACAUACAUCUCGUUUCUCGAGGGUCAUGCAAAUAGGAGCUCAUGAACAUGCCCCCAGAGUGUAGCACUGUGGCUGCCUGGCUGUGUUAGCUGCUGGCUGUAGCAACUUUAAACUAAGUAAAACCGAUUGUUUUCAGCCUUUUUUUUUCAGUACUGACAGUGACCUCGAGAUCUAUCUGAAAACUCGUCGGAUCACUCAGGGGCACAACAGUGGCAGCUGAACUCGAACCCAUGACUUUCUGGCGCAGUUUUCUGAAUUUUCAUGCAAAGUGUAUUGGAUUGAAAUGCGGACUCUACCUUUAUCAGCAGCAGCCAUAAAUCAUGUUUACAGCUUGUUCAAAAUAUUUAUUAUGGUUCGAAAUUUGUGGGCUCUAAUUUGAAUGACAGCAAAGAGCAAAGUCUGUCAGUGAGCAAAGUGUCUCAUGCAUGAAAUAAAAGCUAUUGUUUGGUCUGUGGGAGCAUUAAGAUGACCCACCGAUGUUUGUUCUUAGGAUCUUGAUUUUGAUAUUAAAGGAACAGAUAAAGUUAGCCAAGUUAUUAAAUUAGCUUCAGUUAGGCUUGUAGGUUGUAAGUGGUUCUACUGUAGAUUAUUUCUAACCCAUAACACUUUUUAACACAUUUAGAGAAUCUCCUCAUGAUGUGCCGGCUUCCCAGUCUUGGUACACAAUAGGUGAACAGGAAACAAAUUAAGUGGGUCUCCCAAACAAUAACAAAACACCCCUGUGGAGUGGCUCGGGACUGAAAGGAAGGGUGAGCUUCCUCCCUCUCUGGUGUGUUUUGCUGGUGUUUGGUUCAGAUAUAUUGUAGGUUGCUUCGGACAAAAGCAUCUGCUAAGAAACAUAAACAUCAACAAAUGUGACGUCAUCCAGCAUCGCUUACAGCCCCUUUAAGACUUGUCUCCUUUGUCGCCUUUGAUUUAAUAGAUAGUAUUGGUAUUUUUGUGAAACUGCCUAACUUGCAUUAGACUAGUCUAUAAGCAGGAUUAAGAUCCUAUCACUAAAGGUCAGUAUAAGAUAGUUUUGUGAAACCGGCCACACUGUUUCAAAGGCUUCAUGUUCACAGCCAACCAGCAGAUGGCGCCCAAAUAAUAUGAAAUCAAGUGUGCUCAUUCUGACUGACUGUCUUUUUUUUCUAUAUGUUUUUAUCCUCAAUUUGAAGAGUAGCUGAGUCCAAAAGUAGUUGUAGGCUAACUGGCAGAGCAAGACGCUGAUAAUGUCAAUGUUAUGGUUCGCUAGAAGAUUAUGUGUGUCAGUAUGUCUGCAGAAACAAACUUGUCUAUCUUCUACCAUCCCUGUACUUGAACAUGGUAGCUACAGUAAUAAAAGUGCAUGUCUAUAA